AUGCCGCUUACGCUGCUAUGUCCCAUUCCCAGGACGUUUUGGAGGCAGUCAAUACGGAUGACAUUUCUCUCUCAGGAUUAUCCAGCGCUGCGUAAUGUCUUCUGUGUACCUUCACGAAUCGUCUCCGUCAGUCCAACCCGAGGGCUGAUGAACUCGGCUUCUGAUUUCGAAAUCGACCCUUACGGAUACACAAGUGGGAUAUUCCUACGACGCGAUAAUCUCGAGGUCGCCGCGCGCUACACUCAAUUCAACUAUCCCGCUCUCUGCCGGAAAGUCCUAGAAGCAUCCCCGGGAGCAAGCGCCAUCGUCGAUUCCACUAAGAUUGACGGUGGCUCCAAUCGUGUCUUCAUCCUCACCUUGGAUAACGGGGAGAAACUCGUGGCUAGACUCCUGUUCCGAUUCUCGGGGCCUGCUAAGCUGAGUACUCUUUCUGAUGUUAAGACGAUUCGCUACUUACAGAAUAAGACGAGUAUACCUAUUCCAAAAAUCCUCGAUUGGAGCUACGAUCCUGGUGACGCCGAUAAUCCUGUAGGAAGCGAAUACAUCAUCAUGGAGCAUGCAUCUGGUGUUCCACUAAUCGAGAAAUGGAAUACAUUGGCGGGUGACCAGAAGGUGAACUGCAUAGCGUCCAUUAACAAGGCCAUGAAAGAGGUUUCUGACUUGAAGUACCCGGCGUACGGGAGCAUAUACUUCGAUGAUCUUCUCGACUCCACGGACAAAGAACCCCUCGAUACUGGUUUCUGUAUCGGGCCUCAUUGCCGCACUCGAUACUGGGACACUAAUGUUGGGAAGUCGAGGUAUUAUCACAAUGUGAAACCGAAUCAUGGUCCAUGUAAAACCAUAGGUGAAUUUUCCAACGGGUUAAUUGAUGCGGGCCUGUCACGAGUUCCGCAAACAGAUUCUAUGCCACAAAGUCGUCCAGCCUACCAUGGAUCCCCUGAGACACAUCUUGCUGUCCUGAAAAUGCCCCGAUCCGUCCUGAAACAGAUGGCACUGGAUACCCAAAUUCAGAACUAUAGCAAGCCAGUGUUAUUUUACUCCGAUCUGCACAAGAGAAAUAUAUUUGUGUCCGAAGACGACCCCGCCGUUAUUACUGGCAUUAUCGAUUGGCAAGGCACAAGCGUCAAACCGGCAUUCCGGUAUUCCGAUGAAAUCCCAGAUUUUGCGACAGAACAUGAGCUACUUACGCAGGCAUUCGAUGUUACCUCACAGUAUCGCACACCGCAACUCGCUGAUCCACGACUCGUGACGAAAGCCUGUUUCGAUCUUUUCUUUAUUCAUACCGGACGUGGAGGGAUGGUGCGGUAG